AUGAGUCGGGCUCGCCAGAUCAUCAACGACCGCAUGAGCAUCUAUGGCUUCGGACCCCAGGAAACCGCCCAUAUGCGCCCGCUACGCAAGCAAAUUCCCACCGACCAGCCGUUUGCCAAGGUAGACAACGAGUCCAACUGUGUGAUGCAGGUUAGCCCCCUCCACACUGAUAAGCACGGCAACAUAUUAAACGCUGACAACCAGUAUGUCCAGCUUAAAGGGAUCAAUGCCGAUGCCCUGAUGAAGCUUCCCAAGACCCCUCACAUGGCGCUGUAUGAAGGUGAUCUGAGUGAUGCAGAGCACGUCUUCUUUGAAGGCGACCACGUGACGUUUGUCGGCCGGCCGUGGCCGUUGGAAGACGCUCAUGAACAUUUGAUGAGAAUAAAACGGUGGGGGUACAACACCAUCCGCUACUUACUCACGUGGGAAGCGAUAGAACACGCCGGACCAGGGAAGUACGAUGAGGCAUUUAUCGAUUACACUAUAGCCACCCUCAAAAUCAUUCACGAGAUCGGUGGUCUCCACGUCAUUUUGGAACUCCACCAGGACGUGUGGAGUCGCUACACCGGGGGUCUGGGGGCUCCGAUGUGGACCAUCUACGCCGCCGGGCUUGAUCCCCGUAAAUUUAGUGUUACUGAAGCCGCAGUGCUUCACAACCAUCCUAAAUACCACCGUGCUGAGGACCCUGAAGAGUACUUCAAAAUGAUCUGGACGACCAACUACCAUCGGUUGGCGUGUCUGGUGAUGUUCACGUUGUUUUUUGCUGGCAAAACAUACUUUCCUGACCUCAAAAUCAACGGGGUCAACAUCCAAGACUACCUUCAAGACCACUACUACGGUGCCUUAAGACACAUAUGGAAGGCAGUCAACGAACGAGUACCAGAGUUGAUUACGAGUGGUAUGAUCAUCGGUGUCGAACUGAUGAACGAACCAAACGCGGGUUUAAUUGGCUACCCUCACUUGGGCGAAAUCCCCGCCCACCAGAACUUACGUGUUGGCACCACUCCUACGAUGUUCCAGGCGGUGAAAACGGCGAUGGGAUUUGCUUGUGAAGUUGAACUUUACAAGAUUUCCAUCACGGGGCCAGCAAAAAAGGGUAGCGUGCUUGUUGACCCUAAAGGGGUUCGAGCGUGGAUGCUGCCAGACGUGGCCGAAGUCAUCGAUACUCAUUAUGGUUGGAAGCGUCUGGAGAAUUGGAAGAUGGGCGAGUGUAUAUUUGAACAACAUCAGAUUUGGCGGUGGCACGCCGAUCUCGAUGUCACGAAGCUUGCAGAUAUGACUCCGCAAGAACGGCUCCGCGUCAGUAACGAGCAAACGAUCUUGUUGAAGCCUCACUACUUCUCCAAGAGAUUCCCCGAUCACGUAUACCCUGAAGGAGUUGAAGUUCCUGAGGAAGUUGACCAUGACUUCUUCUUGGAGCACCACUUCGUCGACUUCUUCCAACGCCAUAAGCAAGUUGUCCGUGAAGUUUGUCCCCUGGCAUUUGUGUUGAUGCAAUUCCCGGUACUUGAAAAGCCUCCGCUUCUCGUCAACGAUCGUCGACGCAUUGUUGACGAUAAGUUCAUAGCUACACCGCAUUACUACGAUGGGCUUUCGUUGAUGUUCAAGACCUGGAACCUGAAAUACAACGUGGAUACCCUUGGCAUCAUGAGGGGCAGAUACGCCAACCCGGUACUUGGGAUUGUGUUUGGGGAACGAGCAAUCCGCAACUGCCUCCGUCGACAAUUCAAGGAGAUCAAGCAAGAGUGCAAAGUUCGCUUGGGUAAGGUGCCAGUGCUUAUGCUGGAAACAGGGAUGCCCUUCGAUAUGGACGACAAGAAGGCGUAUCUGAACUAUCGUUACCAUUCACAAACCGCAGCGUUGGACGCGAUCUCGCAGGCAUUGGAAGGGUGUCAAAUGCACCACACUUACUGGGUGUAUUGCAGUAUCAACUGUCAUAAAUGGGGUGACCGCUGGAACAAUGAAGACUUUCUGUUUUGGUCCCCAGAGGACCAUGACCUUCCUAUCCACCACACCAACAACGAUGCUCUGCUGAGCUCGUCAUCAGUGUCGUCAAGUCAGAGAUCACUGAGACGUAACUCUGUCGGGCUCAGAAAUAAGGUCAGUGGUCGUAAAAGCCUGGUGGCUCUGCUUAUACUCGAAAGAAACUCUCGCAUCCGCUCUCGCAGAGCCAGUGCCGGGACUAAUGGCAAGCCAACGUCACCCCUCCAAAACCUGACCACUCCGGGAGAUGUUGCUGGGUUCAAAGAUUACAAGUUCUCACAAAAUGCCCUUGCCUUCUCUCGUGACGAGGAAGAGAUCGAACCCACCGAUUUGGCAGACAUCAAGCUGUUGACAUUGAACACCGGCGAGAACGGCAGCGAAGGCAAUGGGUGGACCGAGGCUGUAGCCACUGCUGCUGCUGCUCCCAGCGAAGAAGAAGAUUGCACCAUGAUACCCACCACCCGAGAGAAUGUCGGCAAGAAACACCUUUCUCGCGAUUACCCUUCCGCCGACGGGGUGCGAGCAGUAAACGCUGUGGUGAGACCGUUUGUCGUCCAGUCUCCCGGUAUCCCCAUCACUACUGAGUUUGAUAUGAAUGAAGUCAAGUAUCUCCUCACCGUCAAACUUGAUUUCAGUGACCCUAAUUUAUCGUCGCAUCCGACAAUCAUCUUUUUGCCCCGCUGGCACUUCCCCUUCGUCAACUCUGGCGACAUUCAUAUUCUGGGGGGCCACGUCAAAUACCACGAACGUCUCGAGUACCUUGAAUGGUACCACGAGCGAGAAGAUGUCGAUAGCGACGGCGUGGAUGAGGCUUCUAUCAUGAUCCGCAAUAAGCUGGGACCGAUCACUGAGGUCCGUUACGAUUUCAGGAAGGGCUACUGUCACAUCACUUGA